GAGAGAGGGAGAGGGUGUCCCGUCUGCGCGGAUCUCAGACAGACAGCAGGCAACAGCUGCAGCAGUAGGUUCGCGUUGGAUUUCACUGCAUUGCGAUUUGAAAUAUCAGUCAUUUCAUCCACAAAACCCCACGCAGAGCAGCUCGACUAAGCAGCCAAAUAUCAUUUGAAGAAAAUGGUUGAUCGCGAGCAGCUGGUGCAGAAAGCCAGGCUGGCUGAACAAGCUGAGAGGUAUGAUGAUAUGGCAGCUGCUAUGAAAUCGGUCACAGAGCUGAAUGAGGCCCUGUCCAACGAGGAGAGGAACCUCUUGUCCGUAGCCUACAAAAAUGUGGUGGGCGCCCGGCGCUCCUCCUGGAGGGUGAUCUCCAGCAUCGAGCAGAAAACCUCCGCCGACGGCAACGAGAAGAAGAUCGAGAUGGUGAGGGCCUACCGGGAGAAGAUCGAGAAGGAGCUGGAGGCGGUGUGCCAGGACGUGCUCAACCUCCUGGACAACUUCCUGAUCAAGAACUGCAGCGAGACGCAGCACGAGAGCAAGGUGUUCUACCUGAAGAUGAAAGGCGACUACUACCGGUACCUGGCCGAGGUGGCCACGGGGGAGAAGAGGGCCACGGUGGUGGAGUCGUCGGAGAAGGCCUACAACGAGGCUCACGAGAUCAGCAAGGAGCACAUGCAGCCCACCCACCCCAUCCGCCUGGGCUUAGCUCUCAACUACUCUGUGUUUUACUACGAGAUCCAGAACGCCCCGGAGCAGGCCUGUCAUCUGGCCAAGACCGCCUUCGAUGACGCCAUCGCUGAGCUAGACACCCUCAACGAGGACUCCUACAAAGACUCCACUCUCAUCAUGCAGCUGCUCCGAGACAACUUGACACUGUGGACAAGUGACCAGCAGGAUGACGAGGGAGGGGAGGGCAACAAUUAAAGAUAAACCACACGACGAAAAAAAAAUUAUGAAGGGCCGGUGGACUUUGGCAGCCGCUUUUGCCGAUGAUACUACCGCAGCAGCAGUUCUUUAUUUUUCCAUGUGUUUAAAGAAAAGAAUCAAAAGAGAGGUGAAAGUGGAGGUUAAAUCUUAGUUUAAAUAUAUAUAUAUAGAAAUAUAUAUACAGUUGAAAGGGGCCUCCGUCUUCUUGAUUUUCUCUUUGACAUUUGCCAAAACCACUGAUAUGUCAGUCAAUCAGCCUGAAGUGGUUGUUGUUGGAUUGAAAUGGCGGCCUCACACUGGCAUAGGAACUGAUCUUGUUCUGUCAAGAUAAGCUGCUUACUUAGGUUUUUGCGUGAUAGGGAUGCAUUUGAGUCACUCGUGAGAGAAAAUGCUUUAAUGGGAAUGCCUCACAAAACUAGUUUGCAUUGGUUCCAGUUGUAGACCAUAUACGGGAGAGGGCCCUGAACGCCCCUCACGUUACACUCACACUAACAAAGAGAAUGUUUUAAAGCAGUAAAGAAAAAAAAAAAGAAAAAAAAUCCCCCAAAUUUGACGAGAUGAAUUAGAGAGUAAUUAAAAAGGAGACUAGGUAACGCACAUUUUACUCCUUUCCCUCUGUCUUAAGCGUAUUUGGCAUCUUGCAGAUAAGUCUGUCGUAUGUCACUGGAACCAUUGAUUCUUUUGGAGGUGAAGAUUACAAAAGGCAGAGACUUAAAAUAAAUAAAUAAAUAAAAAAAUUACAAAAAAAAAGCAGCUUCAGAGUUUGUGGUUUACUUCUGUAUUUGUUUUAUUAAAUGCACUUGCCUACUAUACUGUUUCUUCAGUGUAAGAUGAUGACAACAAUUAUAUCAAUUAUUCAAUAUUGUGCAUGCUGGUGAUGUAUUUAUAUACAGUAGCUUGACUUUAUUAACUUAUACUGUUGGUGUUAAGUAUUCAUAUGACUGAGAAAAACAGGCUUUGUCUGAUGUUGAUUUCUAACUUCUAAUUUAUUUCAAUUUGUUUAUGGUUUUUGAUUUGCUCUACCAAAAUGGUGAUCGUAAAAAUUGACCUGUAAUGGGCGUUGCUAUAGUGACAUGCAAAUAUAUGUAUUUAAUUUGUUAAUUAAAGAAAAAAAAAAAAGACGAAGCUAAAAAAAUAUAUAUAACUCACCAGUGCUCACUUAAUCUUACCAACUGGUGUUUGUCACAUUGAAGUAUGAUUACGAUAUAUUUUGUUCAUUGAACAGUAUUUAAGUACUUUUUUCUGUCAUGCUAUCCGGUUUUAAUAAUGGUGACGUUUCAAAGCUCAAUGUUUCUGUUAUGAAGUCACAUACAUGGACCAUAAUUUAUUUCUGACAAUACACCUUUAUUUUGUUUGUUUUUAUACCUUUUAGCUGUUCCUGAGUGACAUAAUAUCUUGAAUGUGAGUCAUUAUGUAGCAGUUGCACAAGAACCGAAAUAAUAGCUAUGAUAAUAAAAAAGAACAUGUCUAAAUUA